AUAUUGGCCACCGUCUCCAGUUGGCAGAAGUGCGUCUAUGAAGACUGACAUGUCCUCAGCUACGCCACAGCUACAUUUCAGCGGCAAUCCUCCUGAGUCUUAGUAAGACGUCUAAGAUGCACAGACCUCAGUCUCCAGUGUCCAGCUGUGUCUCUAUGAAGAGUGACAAGUCCAUACAUCAGCCCCCAAAUAUAAGACCCCAACCUCCUCCACAGACGUCUCAAGAGCACAGACCUCAGUCUCCAGUGUCCAGCUGUGUGUCUAUGAAGAGUGACAAGUCCAUAGAGCAGCCUCCAAAUAUAAGCCCCCUAUCUCCUCCUCGGACGUCUCAGAAGUGCAGAUCAUCAUCUCCAGUGCCCAGUUGUGUGUCUAUGAAGAGUGACAAGUCCAUACAUCAGCCCCCAAAUAUAAGACCCCAACCUCCUCCACAAACGUCUAAGAAGCACAGAUCGUCAUCUCCUGUGCCCAGUUGUCUGUCUAUGAGGAGUGACAAGUCCAUAGUCCAAUCCCCAAGUAUCAGCCCUCAGCCUCCUCCACGGAGCAGCUACUGGCAGCAUGCUGAGGACCUGGAAGGCCAAGCAGAGAGUGGAAAGAGGCCCCAAAGGGCUCAAGAAGAUGAAGUUCUACUGAAAGUUAUAGAGAAUCAUAAGGCCUGCCUGAAGAAGAGGUUUGAGAAUAUAUCAGAAGGCAUCAUCAAACCCGGAGCUGAGACACUACUCAAUGAGAUCUACACAGAGCUCUACAUCACUGACGGAGAGAGUAAAAGAAUUAAUAAGGAGCAUGAGGUUUGGCAGGUUGAGUCAGCAUUCAGAGUGCAAACCACAGAAGAAACACCAAUCAACUGCAAUGACAUCUUCAAGCCCUUACCUGGACAGGAGAAGCAUAUCAGAACUGUGAUGACCAAAGGUGUGGCUGGCAUUGGGAAAACAGUCUCUGUGCAGAAGUUCAUUCUUGAUUGGGCUGAUGGAUUAGCCAAUCAGAAUGUGGACUUCAUAUUUCCGCUUCCUUUCCGUGAGUUAAAUUUGGUCCGCAAUGGUACUUAUACUCUCCACAACUUGUUGCUAGAAUUCCACCCUGAGCUGAAGGAGCUAAAUGAUGCUGAAAGAUUGACAGGCUGUCAGCUUGUCUUUGUCUUUGAUGGUCUGGACGAAAGCCGAAUUUCGCUUCAAUUCCAGUAUAUACCAAAAGUAUAUGACAUGACACACAAGGCCACAGUGGAUGUCCUGAUGGCGAGCCUCAUUCAAGGAUCUCUACUUCCCUCUGCACUCAUCUGGAUAACCUCACGACCAGCAGCAGCCAGUGAGGUACCUAGUGAUUAUGUUGACCAAGUUACAGAAGUGCGAGGAUUCAAUGACCCACAGAAAGAUGAGUAUUUCAGGAAGAGAAUCAGUGAUGAGAGUCUGUCCACCAGAAUCAUCUCUCACAUUAAGGAAUCCAGGAGUCUCUACAUCAUGUGUCACCUUCCAGUCUUCUGUUGGAUUGCAGCCACCGUGCUUCAGCAGAUGGUGCAACAAGACAAGACCCAAGACAUACCCAAAACUCUGACAGAGAUGUUCAUACACUUCCUGCUGAUUCAGACCCUCAGGAAAAAACAGAAGUAUCAAGACGGAAAUGAGGCAGAUCGGGAGAGUUUCCUAAAAUCACAGAAAGAAAUAAUAAUGAAAUUGGCAGAACUUGCUUUCCGAAACCUGGAAAAUGGCAGAGUCAUGUUUUACGAAGAAGACCUGCAGGACAGCGGCAUUAAGCCCAUUAACAUCACAGAGGCGUCAGAGUACUCUGGCUUGUGCACGAAGAUCUUCAAAGAGGAAUCUGUAUUUCAGCAGAAGAAGGUGUACUGUUUCGUUCACCUGAGCAUCCAGGAGUUUCUGGCUGCCCUGCAUGUUUUUGUGUCUUACACCCACCUGAUGGAGAGUGUAGGGACUUUCUUCUGCUUGGAGGACAGCCUCAAGCGGGCAGUAGGCAAAGUGCUGGACAGCACAAACGGACACCUUGACCUUUUUCUGCGGUUCCUGAUGGGGGUUGCUCUGGAGACAAAUCAGAGACUUUUGACAGGGCUGCUGAACCGGACACACGAUACUACGGACAGCAUCAAGGAGACAUGCCAGUACAUUAAAGGGCUGAACAAGGAGCAUUUAUCACCCGAGAGAUGCAUCAGUCUGCUGCAGUGCUUGUCUGAAGUGAACGAUGACUCCAUACUGAAAGAAAUUCAGCAGUACCUCCAGUCGCCUAAGGACUUCAAACAGAGGUUAUCUCCUGCUCACUGUUCAGCCAUUGCCCAUAUGCUUCUGCUGUCUGAGAAAGUUCUGGAUGAGUUUGACCUAAAGAGCUACAACACAUCAGAUGAGGGACGCAGGAGACUGCUACCAGCUUUGAGAUGCUGUAGGAGGGCCAGGCUCACUGCAUGUAAACUUAGCCAGCGGACGUGUGGAACUGUGAAGAGAUCCCUGCUGUUUGCUAAUCACUUGGUGGAACUGGAUCUCAGCUGCAAUGUCUUGGGGGACUCAGGAGUUGCUGCAGCUCUAUCGGGCCAUCACAGUCACCUGCAAAUCUUGAGACUUAGUGACUGUGAAUUGAGUGACAAGUCCUGUCAGAUUGUGGUCUGCAUACUCAAGUCAACAAACUCUAUAAUGGAGCUGGACCUGAGUCAUAAUGACCUGGGGGAUUCUGGGGUUGAGCUUCUCUCCAACGAGCUGGGAAGGCCGCGAUGCAGACUGCAGACAUUAAGACUGUCUGGUUGUCUCAUCUCAGUGGAAGGCUGUACAUUUCUGGCCGCAGCACUGACCUCCAACCCUUCUCAACUGAAACAGCUGGAUCUGAGCUACAAUCAUCCUGGAGAAUUAGGCGGGGAGCUUUUAUCUUCUAAACUGGAGGAUCCUCUCUGUAAACUGGAGUCACUCAACAUUCUCCACUGUGCAGAAAUUAGACUGAGACCAGGCGUGCGGAAAUAUGCCUGUGAUGUUAUGCUGGAUCCAAACACAGCCAAUAGAAGCCUCUCUCUCUCUGAAGAGAACACAAAGGUGUUGUGUGUGAAAGAUGAGAAGCCAUAUCCUGACCAUCCAGACAGAUUUGAUGACUGGCAGCAGGUGUUGUGUAGAGAGGGUCUGUCUGGACGGUGCUACUGGGAGGCUGAGUGGGGUGGGGAUGGAGCUCGCAUAGCGGCAGCGUACAAAAGCAUGAACAGGAAAAAACGCAACAACCAUAGCCUGGUGGGGUACAACCCAAACUCCUGGACUUUAGACUGCUCAGCGUCUUCCAGCACCUUCUCUGUGUGGCACGACAAUAAGCGCACCGAGGUGCCUGCCCCCUCUUCCUCCUGCUCCAGAAGAGUAGGAGUCUACUUGGACUGGCCGGCCGGCACUCUGUCCUUCUACAGCGUCUCCUCUGGCACACUCACACACCUGCACACGUUCCACUCCACCUUCACUGAGCCCCUCUAUCCUGGAUUUAGGAUCACCUAUGUGGACUCAUCAGUGACCCUCUGUCACAUUACUUGACAACCACACACGCACACACACACACAGAGUUGCACAUUUCAAACUUUAACAGAGUUAAUGUAAACAUUCCCACCUGUAAUCUGAUGUCCAUUCACCAGUUUUAGACUAGGGUGCAUCAAACAUUAAUGUUAAAGGGUGGCACAAUAGGCUUGACAUUUUGAAUUGCAGUGAAUGGGUGUUUUUAGAUAAGAAGGUUAAAAGUGUGUUUUGAGGCUGUUUUGAUCAAAACUAGUAAAAAGAAUAAUUUGAGAGAGUUCCAGUUCCACCAUAAGCAAAGCUGAGGGUUGGCUUUUAAAGUGACUGUUAUGAUUACUGCCACAAUAAUGCUCUAAAAGGAUGAUAGUCAUGGGUAAACAGUUAGGUCGUCAGACUUGUAGCCCAAACGUUGCCGGUUUGACUCCCGACCCUCCAUUUGGUGGGUGGAGUAGUUAACCAGUGCUCUCCCCCAUCCUCCUCCAUGACUGAGGUACCCUGAGCAUGGUACAGUCCUGCCACACAGCUAUCUUGCGGCGCCAUUGGGGGCUACCCCCUUGAACGGAUGAGGCAUAAAUGCAAUUGCCGUUGUGUGACCCUGGGUCAAGAUGGCAGGCAAAAUACAUUUUCUGCUGCUGUAGAUGUUAACCAUUUAGACCAAGUAUUACAACUACGUUUACAAGGUUCAGUUUGAAUGUGAAAUGUACUGAACGUGCAGUGUUUUUUUAACACAUGGAACUAGUGUUCCUUGAGUGUGCAGUGUUUUUUGGUCAUUGAUACGGGUGAAGUAUUCAAUGUUGUGACUUAUUGUGUAUUAAUUUAUUUUUGUUAUUUAUUAUUUUUGUGUUUAUCCCUACCUUUAGCAGCUAGCAUUAGGUAAAACAGCAAUGGCAAGUAAUGCAUCUUCAAGGUCUUUAAAAUGGUAAAAUGAAUGUAGAUUGAAUGUAGAUUACCUAAGACUUACCUAAGUAUCCUCUGUCCCAUUUUGUACCCAUACUGUAGCCUACGAUGUUCCUCAAAAUGAAUGAUAACCAAUAUCUUGAUUUUUGACUUCACUUUUGACUCAAUUUGUGAGCUGUUUGUGUGUACAGAUAUCAGUAAUAAUUUGGACAAACUCAUUUUGGUCCAGGGGCCAGAUGCUAUUUGAUCUCACAUGGGCCAGAACAGUAACGCAGUUGCGAAUUGUCACUAUUUCUGCUUCAUAUUGGAAUUAUAGGCCCUAUUUUUAUACUGCUAGUCAAUCAUCAUCUUGAGCUGGCCUGGCUCUCACACAGACCCUUUCGUGCUUCGUGCAUCUUCGUUAAAC